AUGGACACUGACGUCGGUGACGACGACGACGCCCGUUCGUGCACCUCAGAGACUGGCACUCAAUCCACCACAGGUCACAAACGGAGGGCACUUCGUAGCGUAACUGAGCAAAUACAACGGAAACGAUGCGUCACUCCUCUCACCUCGAUGUCUCACGGCACAAGCACGCCCAUCGUGACUGCGACUGGAAGCCCUGCACCGUCCCCGGCACUCACUCGCCCCCGCAGCAGCAGUCUGCCGACCACGCUGAAGCCGACAGCAAAACGCUCGAAAAAGAGCAAGCGCGUAGUCGCCGACGUCCAGUUCGUAGCGGCUGUGCAUCGCAGCAUCGUCUCGCGCAUCAAUCUCAGAGAGUACGCGUCUCGCUUAUCGGAGGAUGAGGCUAUGGAUGUAGAUAUGGAGGUGUUCGGAGCGAAGGUGGAGGGAGAUAGGGCUCAUUUGCUUGAAGUGCAGGAACGUCUACUGGCGGAUAAGUUGUGGGAGUAUCUGGUAGGACUCGGGUGUUCGCCUGAGUCCUUGGACGAGCCUUGUGCUUCGUCAACAUCACCAGAACUUGAUGCAGACGCCGAUUCACCCCCAUCAUCCGAACCAAAACCGCUGUCUAUCCAGGUGCUGAAACCCAAAUCGCAGCGCACGUCUGUGGAUGCCUCCGUACCCGUUCCCGUCCCAUCACAAAAUAUGAGUCCUCCACCCUCACCGGCACGCGUAUACACCAUGCCACAACUCGUCGCUACGAUGAUCAUGAGACACCGAGAGAAGGCUGGCAGAUCGUCGGGCAAGGAGAGGAAAGCCGAGCGGGCAAGGCGGGCUUCGCUGUCAGAGGAUCCGGAUCAGGCGAGCGACCCGAAACUGGAGAGGAGGCUGAGUGGACUCGGCCAUCGUGUCGUUCUGAGUGAUGAUCUGGACGUUCGAGCCGGAGAGAUGGAGGAGGGACAGGUGGCAGAGGCAGAACAGUAA